CGUCCCUCCUUCCUUCGCUCCCCGCCGGGCACAGGCUAGGCGCAGCCCAGGCGGCGGGCGGGAGCGCACGGCUGCGAAGGCGCACACGCCGGGCGCCGCUGGGGCAGGCGCUGCGGAGCCCCUCCGGGCGGGGCCGGGCCGGCUGCUGGGAGCCCCGGCAGGGGAUGGCGGACGGACCCCCCGGCGUCCCCCCCUCGGGCUCGCCCCGGCCCGGGCCCCCGCGCACCCUGCCGCCCCGGACAGACGCCGGCGGCGAGCUCAGCCCGCUGCGCUCCGCCUCGGGGGGCUCCGCGUGCAGCAGCCGCGACAACUCGGCCGAGAGGGACCCCCCCGGCCUGGCCAGGACCGCCCCCGCCGCCGGCAUCAUGAAGGACGGAUCCCGCCAGCGCCCCUUACAGAAAAAGAAGACCGUCUCCUUCAGCACCAUGCCCAGCAACCGCAAGCUCAGCAGCACCGCCGCCUGCAUCUCCUUCAUGCUGGAGGGCUGUGAGAUGAAGAAAGUGCGCUCCAACUCGCGCAUGUACAGCCGGUUCUUUGUGCUGGACCCCGACCUGCGUUUCAUGCAUUGGGAACCUUCCAAGAAAGACUCUGACAAAGCCAGGAUUGAGAUCAAGUCGGUCAAGGAGGUGCGGGUUGGGAAGAAGACACCCGUGCUGCGCUCCAAUGGCCUCUCAGACCAGUUCCCGGAUGAAUGUGCUUUCUCCAUCAUCUAUGGUGACAAUUAUGAGUCUCUGGACCUUGUGGCGAGCUCUGCUGAUGUGGUGAAUGCCUGGGUCAUGGGUCUGCGGUACUUGGCGUCCUAUGGAAAGCACACUCUAGAGGAGACCCCUGAGGCUGGCCGGCCCAACCCCCGCACCUCGUGGGUCUCCUCUGUCUUUGACAUUGCAGACCUGGAGAAGGAAGGCCGAAUCCCGGUCUCUCGGGCCGUGCAGCUUAUACGGGCUCUCAACCCUGGUAUGAAGGCUGCUACAAUUGAGCUGAAGUUCAAAGAGCUCCAGAAAGCAGCCAGUGAACGGCUUGGGGAAGAGGUCAGCUGCGAGGUCUUUGGGGAGGCCUACUGCGAGCUGUGCACCAGGCCCGAGGUAUUUUUUCUCUUGGUCCAGUUUUCCAGCAAUAAGGAGUACAUGGGCUUGAAGGACCUCAUGAUCUUCUUGGAGGCAGAGCAGGGUAUGGAAGGGGUAACGGAAGAAAUGUGCAUGGAAAUCAUCAGCAAAUACGAGCCGUCCAAGGAAGGCCGGGAAAAGAGCUACUUGGCAAUUGACGGCUUCACACGCUACCUCCUCUCGGCUGACUGCUCCAUAUUUGACCCUCAGCACCGCCAAGUGUGCCAGGACAUGAACCAACCGCUGUCUCAUUAUUUCAUAAGCUCUGCACAUGGAGCUUGUCUGGCUGAGGACAGCUGCUUCUGGGGUGGCUCCACCUCAGACAUAGGGGGUUACGUGGCAGCCCUCAAGGCAGGCUGCCGCAGCUUGGAACUAGUGGUAUGUGACGGCCCUUCUGGGGAGCCAGUGGUUGGUGCUGGUGCCCGCUUGGCUUUCUCUAGAGUGGUGGGUGCUGUUGCAGAAUAUGCCUUUGAAGCGUCAGAGUUUCCUCUGAUCCUGUGCCUCUCUGUGCACUGCUGUUGCGCACAGCAGAGGGUCGUGGCGGAACAUCUGAGGAAGACUUUUGGAGACAAGCUGUAUCUUGUACCCCCAAAUCCCAAUGAAGUAUAUCUCCCCUCUCCAGAAAGGCUCAAGAGAUGCAUCCUUAUCCAAGGCCGGAAGCUGCUCCCCAGCUGCCAGUCAAGUGAGGGGGACGUAUCUGAUGAUGAGGAGACCUCAGAGCUGGGACUGCAGCUAGGCGAGGAGGACCGGGAGCAGCCCCGACACCGGCGGGUCCUGUGCCGUGAGCUGUCUGACCUGGUGAGCUUGUGCCAGAUGGUGUCUUUCCAAGGCUUUGAGGCCUCUCGGCGGGGCCAACACUAUUGGGAAGUGUGUUCCUUCAGCGAAGUGGAGGCUGGGCGCUAUGCCAACGAGGAGCCGGAGGAUUUUGUGGCCUACAACAAGCGCUUCCUGUCGCGGGUUUAUCCCAGCCCUAUGCGCAUUGAUGCCAGCAACAUGAACCCACAGGACUUCUGGAAGUGCGGCUGCCAGAUGGUGGCAAUGAACUACCAGACACCAGGACUGAUGAUGGACCUGAACGCUGGCUGGUUCCGCCAAAAUGGGGGCUGUGGCUAUGUGCUCCGGCCCGCCAUUAUGCGUGAUGAGGUGUCCUACUUUAGUGCAAACACCAGGGAUGCUUUCCCUGGCAUCUCAGCCCAGCUGCUACACCUCAAGAUCAUCAGUGGGCAGAAUCUACCCAAGCCCAAGGGCUCUGGUGCCAAGGGUGAUGUGGUGGAGCCAUAUGUCUGUGCCGAAAUGCAUGGCAUUCCAGCUGACUGUGCCGAGAAACGCACUAAGACGGUGCUACAAAGCGGGGACAACCCUAUAUUUGAGGAGACUCUGGAGUUCCAGGUGAACCUUCCUGAGCUGGCCAUCCUUCGAUUCAUGGUGCUCGAUGACGAUUACAUUGGGGACGAGUUCAUUGCGCAGUACACCAUCCCCUUUGAAUGCCUCCAGAUGGGCUAUCGCCACGUGCCUCUCCAGUCCCUUUCUGGCGAGACCCUCCCGAAUGCAACUUUAUUUGUGCAUGUGGCCAUCACCAACCGAAGGGGUGGGGGCAAAGCACACCGGCGGGGGCUCUCAGGGCGCAAGGGACGGCGCAUGCGAGAGUACACAUCCACGAAAGCCACAGGAAUCAAGGCCAUAGAUGAAGUGUUCCGUACUGCCACUCAGCCACUGCGGGAGGCCACAGACCUGCGGGAGAACAUGCAGAAUGCUUUGGUCUCCUUCAAGGAGUUGUGUGGCUUAACUCCAGCAGCCAACAUCAAGCAGUGCAUCUUAAAGCUGGCCACUUGGCUACAACCUAGUGAGAAAGAAAGCCCCCCAACUGUCACCCUGAACCUGGGCGAGGAGUACCCUUCCAUGGAGACCCAGGGGCCUGUCCCGGAGCUGCUACGGAAAGUGCUUGCCGCCUAUGAUGCUAUGAUCCAGACAAGCCGGACACUAAUUGAGUCAGCCGAUGCUGUUCACACCAAGAUUAUUCAGGUGCAACAAGCAGGAAUGAGUUUUCACAAAGAGCUCUACCGGCUGGAGGUGAAGGAGGGUCUUAAAGGGCGGAAGCUGCAGAAGGCUCUGGAAAGUUUUGCCUGGAACAUCACAGUCCUCAAGGGCCAGGCCGACCUGCUCAAACACUCCAAGGCAGAGGCACUGGACACGCUAUGGCAGAUUCACAAUGCCGCACAGUCCUGUGGCAUCGGGCGGAACGGAGCCGCCUCCCCUGACCUCUUCCGCAGCCGAGCCGUCCUCGAUCCCAUCCCGGAGACAGAAGGAGGAGGCAGCGACACGGGGUCUUGCUGACUUGGAAUGAAAAAGGCUAGAGGGGAGGGAAUUCAUGGACACAGCAAGUGCUGCACAAAGACAUUGUGAUGAGACAGGUUUUUUAAAAAGAGAGAGAGAUGAAGCAUGACGUUGCCUCCAGCGUGGGAGGAGGGGGAAACGGUUGACUUCUUGAGUAUUUGCGUGUGCCACAGCUGGGGGCACCUCCACUUCCAGGCAAGGUGGCAGUUUCCGAUUCAGAACCCUUUUAAGAGCAGGAGAUCUAGUCCAUGGGGCACAGUCUGCGAACAUGCUCCUGCACAAGCUCCAUGGGGUUGGAUGCAACUUGCUUUUCUGCUGCUGAAAAAGCAAAGAGGGAUCGCCUUUGACCAUCCCAAGAGGCAAUGCUGGAUCACAGGACCUGCAUGGACAAUAAGCCAUGUGGGCGAGUGUGUGUGUGUGAUGUGCCAUCAAGUUGUCUCCAACCUAUGGUGACUCUAUGAAUGAAAGACCUCCAAAACGUCCUAUGUGAGAUGGAGGCUUUAAUAAAGAGGGAGAUUUGGCAGGACUGAGUAAAACAGCUGGCUGGAUCCAGCCCGUUGUUAAAAACUGGAGCUGCUGCGUUUCUGUGCUGUUUCUGUUGAUUCACAAGGGGCUUUUUCAUACCAGGCUUCAGAGGCACUGAAGGGGUGAAGCAAGGUGCAGGGGGUGAGGGAAUCAAAGGAGCCUGAAAUGACAAUGGAGCAAGGCUGACCCAGAAGCUUUUAUAGGGUUUUGGCUGUGCAGUCCUAAGCAGAGUUACCACCUUUUUAAGGCCAUUGAAGUUGGUGGAUUUCGAAGGGAAUAACUUCAUUUAAGAUUGCAAAGCCAGUGUAUCCUAUGUUCUGGCCUGUUAGUAUAAGGAAGAGAUCUUCCUUGGCUAUUCUUCCUGCAGUCCCUGCCUUUCGACCAAAGCUGGCUCAUAGCUCAAGUUCCUUGUUCACAUUCCACAGGAAAUGUGAUCCUUCAGGGCUCAUCAGCACACAGCAAUUAUGUAUGGGUCCUUUAUUGCUUGGAAAGAGGAAGCUGCAACUUGCAUUUUCUUGGGCUGGCUUAUAAGAGUCUUUUCCCCUUCUGAAACCUGUAACGUAAUUCAUUGGGUGGGUGAGUGGGGGUGUGCCAGAGAUGGGAAUCCCCCCAAAAUCAGAGUGGGUCAUAAGGCUAGGCAAUCCGCUGAAGGGUGGACAUUCCUCAGAGCAUGUUAUUUGGAGAGGAGGGAGGCCUCCAGAAAAGGAUCCCCAAUACGCCCCAGCUGUUAAGCUCCUAGUCAGAGCCAAAAGGAAAUUGCCAGGGUAGGAUGAGGAGGAUCUCAGAUUUUCUUGUUAAUUCUCCUAACUGGAAUUGUUCAGUGUUCUGGAUCAUGGAAAAUUGUUGAAUUUAGGAUUUGGGGGUGGAUGUUUUCAUUUGAUUUUUUUAAAGAAACAAAAUAGGCUUCAAAAUAUAGUCUCCCAAGUUAGUAUUUUUUAUUACCUGGUUUUGGGGGGAGUGUGGAUUCCGCAGAAUGUCAAAUUUAGCUACCACCGCCUCCCAAAAAGAGAAAAAAACUGCCCCUCAAAAUCAGCUGUGAAAGUUUUGAUAUUUGACAUUUGGAUGCAAAUGUUGCCAAGCUGUGAAUUUGUGCAAACUUUCCUUUUAGCUGCGCACAUCAUUCUGCCAUUUCCCUUUCCCGUGCUUUGAGUGGUUGAGGUGGGAAGUGGGGGUGCAAGGUUGUGGUUCUGUGGCUGGUCCCUGCUCCUCCACCUGUCAGACCAAGGAGGUAUGUUCUGGAAUUGAGAAGGCUAUUGACAAUAAAACCUGAGAUUCUCUUUCA